CACAAAUCUUGGUGCCUGCAGCACUGCCCUUUGGCUGCUCUGCAGGGACAGUCCCUGGAGACAUCUGCAUCUCUGCUCCUGCGUGCUGCAAUCCUGCCCCUCAAACACCUCUAUGGCAUCAAGAUGCAGGUGUGGGGCUCUGAGCAUCUGAACAUCAAGGAGCCCUAUGUGAUAGUUUGCAACCACCAAGCUUCCCUUGACCUCAUGGGCAUGGUGGAGGUCAUUCCUGACCGCUGUGUGCCCAUCGCCAAGAAGGAGCUCAUGUACAUGGGCACCGUGGGGUGGGCCUGCUGGCUCAGUGGCAUCAUCUUCAUCGACCGCCACNGACGUAGCAGGUCCCAGGGUGCUCUGGUCAGGGUCCAUGCUCCCAUCUCUCCCUGUCCUGUGCAGCUCCGAGUGUUGAUUUUUCCUGAAGGCACCAGGAACCAGGGAAAAUCCAUGCUGCCCUUCAAGCGCGGGGCUUUCCACUUGGCCGUGCAGGCUCAGGUUCCCAUUUUCCCCAUUGUGAUCUCCCCGUACUGGGACUUCUUCAGCUCCAAGGAUAAGAAAUUCACCUCUGGGACGUGCACCAUCCGAAUCCUCCCCAAGGUAGACACCCAGGGCCUGAGCCCGAAGGAUGUCCCCGAACUGACAGAGACUGUCCGCCAGGCUAUGGCUGAUGUCUUUGCCGAGAUGUCUGCAAAUCACUUGGGGGAAGAGGCGGCUGAGCAGCCCCUUGGGGCCGGUGCUCGCAAGGGGGUGGGCAGCCCGCAGUGUGAGGAGGACACAACCAGGACCAGCAAUUAG